CAGAAGCAUUUGAAAAGAGUGGUCAACCUAGCUGCAAGUAAUUGCCUGAUCAGUCUAGACCAGUGUUUCUUAACCUUUUUUCAGUCAAGGCACCCUUUAAAAUUAUGGACAUUCCCGAAGCACCCUUUAAAAUUAUGGACAGUCCCGAGGAACCCUUUAAAAUUAUGGACAGUCCUGAGGCACCCUUUAAAAUUAUGGACAGUCAUGAGGCACCCUCUAAAAUCAUGGACAAUCUCGAGGCACCCUUUAAAA